UCUUGCGAUGCCUCAUGCUUGAUAUCAAUAACUGCAACAGCCGGCCUGGCCCAGACACAGUCGCGCUGACUGCAUCGCAUACCCUAACCCUGCAUCAUGGAGGACCAUGGAGACUCGUCAAAGGACCAGCCAGCGGCUCUGGAGUCUCCCAUCAACCUUGUGGAGGGCUACUCCUGCGACGGCCUCACCUUGACCACUCUGCUGGCAUCUACAGAAAAAGAGUCUGACACAGACAAAUCCCCAGACAUCGAUGUGAUUCAUGUUAUGGUGGUUGGUAAAGAAGAAGAACGGCUCACUCUGGAAAGUCUUCUUUUAGAGUCAGUGGCUUCCAGACGAAGAGAACUUGUCUUCCGGUGUGGCAUGGCCAGAUUACUAGCUGGUGAAUUGACGAGCCAAGCCAUCGAUGGCCUUGCCCGACAAUUGCUCUCAAGUCUGCUCUUUUUCCUAAAGCAUGACGAACAGGUCUGGUUACAAUCCCCUGCCUAGCAUUCAAAAAGAGCGCUGGUGUUUGUUGCCUAUGAUUUUGGAGACUUGAUUGUUAAAAAGGCUAUCAGCAUUGCUGGCGCAAACGAGCAACGGUGGCCAGGGAUUUUUACGAGCGUCGCCCAGUUUAUCUUCUUCGGUUGCUUUCAGAGAGCAAACGGCCCCCAGCUGCU